GUGUAUAUAGAUUCUCUAUAAAGUCUCUCUUUUCCCCAGUGCUUUCACUCCUAAUUAAAUCCUCAAACACCCUUUUACUCCUUUUCCUUUCUUUCUACCACCCUCUCUUUUACAUGAAAAAUGGAACUCGGCUUGAGCCUAGGAGAUUCUUCUUCAUCAAAAACAUUUCUAGAUGCAGCACAAAAAAAUUCAUCCAAGCCUCCUGAUCUUGGCUUUCAUAUGGGCUUGACUCUCCACUCAAAAUCUACUAGCGAUGGUGAUGAUGAGGAUGAUUAUGUAGAUAUUGAUGAUCGAUCUUCUCAAGAAAAUGUUAAAGAUAAAUCAUCAGCUCUUCAUCUCCUUUCUCUCGCUCCCCUCCGCUUCGCAAAUCAAUCCGAUAACGGGAGUUCGGAGGGAGGUUCAUCGGGAAACGUGAGGGUGGCUAGGGGGUUUGACGUCAACAGGAUGGUGGCGGCUGAGGAGGCAACGUCGUCGUUUUGUAUGGAUUUAGCGAAAUACAGAGGUGGGAAUAAGAGGAGCUUAGAGGAUGGGAGAAACGACGGCGUAGAAGGGGAAAGAGGGUCGAACUCGAGAGCGAGUGAUGAUGAUGAAAAUGGACUUGCUAGAAAGAAACUUAGGCUUUCUAAAGAACAGUCUGCUUUUCUUGAAGAGAGCUUUAAAGAACACAAUACCCUUAAUCCUCAGAAACAAAAGCAUGGCCUUGCCAAACAACUCAAUCUUAGGCCUCGUCAAGUUGAGGUUUGGUUUCAGAAUCGAAGGGCUAGGACAAAGUUGAAGCAAACGGAAGUAGAUUGUGAGUACUUAAAGAAAUGUUGUGAAACGCUAACAGAAGAAAACAGGAAACUGCACAAAGAGCUUCAAGAGCUAAGAGCACUCAAAUCAUCAACUCCGUUUUACAUGCAAUCUCCGGCGACAACACUUACUAUGUGCCCAUCUUGUGAGCGUGUUGCCACCGCUACUCCGCCUUCAACCACCGCAGCUAAGACUGCAGGCACCACCUCCACAAGUACUCCUUCACCUUUUCCGCUAUCAAGAUCCAAGUUUUUCCCGUUUUCUCAUACACCCACAAAAGCCUCGUGAAGAUCAAGACAUGAAAAAUAAAUUGCUGAUUACAAAAAGUGUUAUUAUCUAUGGGGUUUUGUGUAAAUAUGGUGGAAAGCUUUGUUUUUUGUCUAAAUUAGAAGUGGUUUGUUAAGGGCUUGUUUGGUUAAAGAGUGGUUUUUAAGCUCUCUUUGUGAGGUGUGCUUUGGUGGAUAGGAGGUAGAAACAUAGAAAAAAGAGGAGAAGAUUGGUGUUCCUUAUCUUCCUUUAUUUUGCUGGGAAGUAAAGUUGGAAUUAUCUUAACCAAAUAUAUUAAUGCAAUGUUUUACUAUUAUAUCCAAAUAUAUUAAUGCAA